AUGAAUCCGCCCGUAGAAAAUAAACUGAUAAUAAAAGAAUGCACUAAGAAUGAUACAGAUUGUGAAUUUACAAACACUAUCGUACUAAGUAAUGGUUUAUCAUUGGAAGAAGCUUUUCAAUGCACUAAUUCUUUGUUUUCAAAACUCAAGUCUCCUGAACCAACCGGAGAUAUUACAGAAAACACUGGUGGUUAUAGAGAUCCUACUGAUGCUUCAGUUAUAAGUAACACUGAGCCAAAGGAUUCUAGCUUCUUGUCACCCGAGUUUUGUACAAAUUUACUAGACAAUCAAAACUCUGCCAAGGUUAAUAACUCUUUUCAAACUGGUGCAGAAUCAGAAAAAGAAUUAUUUUUCGGAACCAUGACUAAUCAGAGUGAUUCAAAAAAUAAACAGGAUAGUUUUGAAAUGAAUGAAUGCACUAAUGUACAGGCUGAAGAAUCAGAAAAUAUUAUGGUUCUUGAACGUGAAAAAGUAAACUGGAUGUAUUCGUCUCCAAAAGUGAUUGCCUAUGCUGAUUCUGAGUUUCAACUGUCGGGAAAAUUGACUUUACUUAAUAAUUACCUUCGAGGUUGUUCAUGGUCUCCAGAUGGUUCUUGUAUUCUGACAAACAGUCACGAUAAUAUUCUUCGUCUUUUCAAUCUCCCCUCCUCAGUUUUGGAAAAUAACAGUUCAGAACUCUCCUAUUCUGAACCAGAAGAAAUGAAAUCUGUUCUCGUGAUGCGUGAAAAAGAAUUGAUCUAUGACUACUGUUGGUAUCCAUUAAUGUGCUCUGCUGAUCCAAUUAGUUGUUGUUUAGCUAGUAGUAGUCGCCGAAAUCCUAUUCGACUGUGGGAUGCAUUCACUGGAGUGAUAAGGGCAACUUAUAUUCCCAUUAAUCAUUUGGGUGAAGUUGUUUCCGCUUCCAGCUUAUCAUUUUCUUCGAACGGUCAACGUUUGUACGCUGGAUUUCACCGAUACAUUCAAGUGUUUGAUGUUUCUCGUCCAGGGUCAGAAUCAGUUAGGCGACCAAAACUUGGAAAAAAACCACUCCAAGGUGGUAUAAUAUCAUGUAUUGGUGUUUUGAAUGAUCCUAGUAGAAAUAUCUACGCUACCGGUUCCUAUAACGGGACUGUAUGUAUAUUUUCUGAACCCGGUAAUCUGAUAACACGUUUAUUUAGUCAUCAAUAUGGAGUUACCCAAGUGAUGUUGACAAAAACAUUUGCAGGAAAAAAUGGUGCACCAUGGUAUGUUCUUGUUGGUGGUCGAAUGGAUUCGCGUAUAUUUGUUUGGGACGCAAGAAAUCUAGUAAAUCCAAUCACAAUACUUCAUCGACGUAUUGAGAAUCAUCAGAAAUUUCAGUUUGAUGUAGAACCCACUGGUCGUUAUCUAUUUACUGGCAGUCAAACUGGUGUUGUUUGUGCAUACGAUUUACCUCAAUGUAUUGAUCAAUUUUCUGAAAAUGGACCUACCUAUUCUUCAAAUUGGCGAGCACAUUCUGACAGUACAAAUGGUGUCAGUGUACAUCCUAGCCUUCCUAUUAUAGCUACUUCCUCAGGCCAACGUAGAAUUAAACAACCAAAUUUAAAGAAUGUAUGUAAAAAGCAACGUACAACAGAAACAACAUUAGAAGUUCAACAACCCCUCUCCGAUAAAAAUAUUUCAUCUAAUCAAUCAGCAUUAGACAGCAGUGAUAGUGAGAGUAGUAGUAGUUGUGAUGAGAAAGAGUUAAGUGAUAGUGAAGCUGUUUUAAUGACACCAUCAGUUUUAGUUACUGGUAGUAGUACAAUAUCAUCAGGUGAAAAUGAAACUAAUCCAACAGUUGAAGAAUUUCCAUUAGCUUUAAAAGGCAAACUAACAUUGUUACCAAAAGAAAAUCGUUUAAAACUAUGGACAUUUCCUUUAUUAGUGACUACAUAA